AUGUCGCCGCCGUCGGCCGGCAUCACCACCUCCCCACGCCAGCUGAGUCCGACUCCACUGUGCCCAUGUUCCGACGCCGCUCUCGCUCACCGCCGGCCGUCACCGCGUGUGCCACCGCCUCGCCGACGCGCUCCCGCCUUCACCACCGCCGGUGAGCAACUCCUCUCCCCUCUCGCUCUGUCUAUCCUCUUCGCCGCCACCGCCGGGCUCCCCAUGCCGUCGGCAGGCGCCAAGGGCCCCGUGCCGCCGCCGCCGGGUCGCCGCCCGACGUCCCCGUCGCCACACCAUCGUGGUGCCGUUCCUGCCUUCCCUCGCGAUCUCCUCUCGUUCUCGCAUGCCGCCGUCGUCCCCGUGGUCCCGUCGCCGCCUCUUCUUUGCUCUGGUUUGCCGCCUUGUCGUCCAAUCGCUGCGUCAGUCGCGCAGGCCGCCCGCUUCUGCGACGCCACCGCUCGUGCCUCGCCGUCGCCAGCCACGCACUCGUCCGCCUGCGCCACGCUCGCCCGCUGCACCCUCACGCUCUGUGCCGCAGCCGCGCUGCGUGUCGGCCUCGUCGUCGCCCUGGCCGGGCAUGCGCCGUCGCCACGCCGCUAG